AGAGGAAUGAAUGCACCACCUACAAUGAACCCACAGCGGCGACCGGCCACACCGUCACAGCACGGCGAGCAUUUUUUAACGGGAACCGACUGGAAUUAACUCCUCAGAGACGGAGGAAUACAUAUUUAAAAAGUAUGCGUACCGCUUGUUAUAACACAUAACCGCCUUCAUUCACGUCCGAGGGUCGUUUUCCUCCGAUUCGUGGGUGAUAAAAACAACUUUGCAACUUUUUUUCUCGACCGUCUGUCAGCGAUUCACCUGCGGACGAAAACCAUGCGCCCGAGGGGAGAGCUCUCGCGGUCUGCCCUCCCUCUCCUCUUCCUCCCCCUCCUCUUCCUCCCAGCCGCGGUCCAGUCCGCCCGCCAGCAGUGGCACCUCCAGCGGGUCCCGGUGGUCCUGCCCCUGCAGACGGACGCCCGCCCCGACCCCAGCUUCCUGUCGCCCGCCCACCUGGAGGUCACCUCCCCCUGCGACCCAGAGUGCCACCGGGCGGCGCCCCGGCCGAGCUACUGGGACCUGCGGGAGCUGCUGGCCUUCGAGACGCUGCACAGCAACGGCCACCUCACCGAGACCGCCGUCGGCAUCUACGGUUACGACCCCCGCGCCGACACCAGCCCGGCGUACCUCGUCGCGGACGCCGCCGCCGCCCCGACGAAGACCCCCAAGGCGCCGGUGCGGAGGAGGCGGCAGAUCUUCGGCCAUGACGGGCGCUUCAGCAUCGCGGGGCGGGACCACCUGCUGCAGUACCCCUUCUCCGUGGCGGUGAAGCUCUCCACCGGCUGCUCCGGCACCCUGGUGGGCGAGCGCCACGUGCUGACCGCCGCCCACUGCGUCCACGACGGGAAGAACUACGUCAAGGGCGCCCAGAAGCUCCGCGUGGGCUUCCUGCGGCCCAGCCAACGAGACUCCUCCCCUUCCUCCUCCUCCAACUCCACCAAUCACGCCGAGGCGGCCCUGGGCUCCGCCUACUACUCGCCGCCGUCCAACCACAAGAUGCGCUUCCAGUGGAUCCGCGCCAAGCGCACGCACGUGCCCAAGGGCUGGGUGAAGGGCAACGCCAACGACAUCGGCAUGGACUACGACUACGCGCUGCUGGAGCUCAAGAAGCCCCACAAGCGGCGCCACAUGCGGCUGGGCGUGAGCCCGCCCGCCCAGCGGCUGCCCGGCCGCCGGGUGCAGUUCUCGGGCUUCGACAACGACCGGCGCGGCCAGCUGGUGUACCGCUUCUGCGCGGCGGGCGAGGAGACGGCCGACCUGCUGUACCAGCACUGCGACGCGCAGCCCGGCGCCAGCGGCUCGGGCGUGUACGCGCGCAUGUGGGACCGGCGGCGGCGGCGCUGGGAGCGGAAGGUGAUCGGCGUGUUCUCGGGACACCAGUGGGUGGAGCAGGACGGCGCCACCAAGGAGUUCAACGUGGCCGUGAGGCUCACGCCGCUCAAGUACGCCCAGAUCUGCUACUGGAUCCGCGGCAACUUUGUGGACUGCAGGGAGGGCUGAGGGGGACGGGGGGAGACCUGGGGGGAGGCGGGGGAGGAGAGAGUCUGGGGGAGGGCUGAGGGGGAGACUUUGGGGGAGAGGGGUGGACCUGUACUGGAUUAGAACCUGUUGGAGUGGACCACACACACACACACACACACACACACACACACACACACACACACACACACACACACACACGACUGACGCACACGCCCGACACACACACACACGACUGACGCACACGCCUGACACACACACACACACGAGAUGAGAGGUGAAGAGCCGGGGACGAUGAGGUCAUGCUUGCUUAAAGGUUCCAGGUGCGAGGAGGCGAUGACAUCAGAGUGACAUCAUGAUGACAUCAUGACGGUGCAGGGCUACCCUGCGCAGGACAUUGAGGAAGACGAGCAGAGCAUCAUGGUUUCACUUUAUACGCUUUAUUCUAAUUAUACUAAGAUUGCACUGUUUCUAAGCCUUAUGGGCAGGUUUCUUCUGUAAACCACUUGUGUUUUAUGUGAAUGAAUGUAGUUUGCUAUUGCCAAAGUGAUACUUGUUGCUUUAAAAAAUGCUAACUAGUACUCUUGAUCCACACAAAGUGUGGAUUUUACUAUUGACGUAUGCUGCCACCUAGUGGAGAUACAGUACAUUGCACUUGUCCGUCACAGUCAACAGCACCAUUUCUUCCUUUUGAGAAUUUCAAUGUUUCAAAAACCGCAACUCUAGAGUUAACGCAUAGACGUGUUUUGCGCUGUAAAAUGUCACUUAAGCCAAUAUAAUCAUCUAUGCUUUAAUCGUUGAAACAGUUAGACUCCAUUGAGAAAUAAAAAAGGUAAAUAAAUUAAAACAUAAGAAAAAAACAUGUUGAUUUAACACCUUUCUUUUAUUGUCUCAGAUGCCAAAUUAAAAGCGGUAUUAAUGUUUCCAGGCAGGCUACGUUGGUGGGGGAGUGUGGUACAAACUGAAAUAAGGAAGGACCUUCCUACCCAAGAACAUCCAACACGAAGCCGCAAUGCAUCCUGGGAUAUGGCACACACAUCAAUUUAACAUCCUUUGGUUAACCUCUACACAUUCAAAUAGCCAACAGCGUUUCUCAGCCAAACCAAAAAUACAGGAUGCGGUCCAGAAGAAACACCGAGAAAAAUACAACCAAAUGGCUCCCGCGAGGGCCCUGCUUCAAAAGAGGUGAAACCAGUCAUCCUCUUUCACUGGAAGCCGAGCCCUGGCUUCCACUUGCCAAUCAGGGCGCACAACACAGGAGUAGACAAUAAAACACUGGGACCAUAUGGGCAGAGCCGACAGAUACACCUUCGGUCUCCGUAACACAGCACGCCAGUUGAACAGCCCCACUGAACCGCCAUGUUUGAUACAUUCAACGAGAGAGAGAGCGAGAGAGAGAGAGACUAAUUUCAUUACUCACUCGGUGUGACUGAGACACAGUCAUCUAUGGCACAACAGUCAUCCUCGAGGUUCCCUACGCAUGCAUCACAGGUCAAUACAUGACACACACAAACGCCUGACUGCACCAGAGCGAAGGAAUGACCGGAACACUUUCCACAGGCAGCGAUGUGGUCGCUUUCGAUGUUGAAGUUCCUCCUGAAAGAGGAUUGUACUUUGGUUUCAUCCAACGUGGGCUGCAUACUGAGCUGUAUAAUUUAUACUGAGAUGUAGGUGGUGAGCUGAACGCCAGCGGGCAGGGAAUCCCCCACCACAGAGAGUGGUGGCACAAUGACGAUGUCACUGCCGAGACGCAGGAAACACACCGGUUAAAAGAUCGAGAGAGAUCAGAGCGUAAGAAGUAACAAAACAGAGAAUCUGUGUCAUGCCUCAGAGUGGCCCCUGCUGGCUAACACCGUUCUGGUAAAGGGAGAGGAUAACACAAACGGCCGUAGAGAAAACCACGACAAAAAUGAAACUAUUUCACUUAGUUUCAGCCAUCAAUCGCCACUUUCUGCUGGGCUACUUUCCAACGUGAUCCCCAGGAAGUCCGUGCCACACAUGACCAAUAGCCAUCUGCCUGUGUUGUGUCGCCCAUGUAUGGUGUGGGCAGACCGACCUAUCACGUAGCGAUGGACAUCUGGCGAUGCCCGGUGUCCACGGGAAAGACAGCUUACUUAACCGCUCGUUCUUUCCUCCGUAUUCUAGCAACGACCAAAGAAUAACAACAACUAAACAUGCCAGGCUUGGUCGCAUGAUGAGACAGGCGUGUUAGACGUGUUAGGUGCCAGGAUGCGGUGAGACAGGAUGCCCCAGCUGCCUUGCGGUACAGACUCAAAGAACGAAACCUGUCGCGGUCUGACCUCAGAGUGCACGAGCGUGAGAAGGGGUGCCUUCGCGUGCACAGACGUACACAAAAGGCACAGGAAAGCCCUCGGCUUCACACUCAAACGCUUUCCAACUCCUGACCCAUUCGGACUCGGCUCCGUCUUUACAGAGCACCAAAUUCAUUCAGAUGCUUCGACCCGAUUAAAAAAAAAAAAAAACUUUCGUAACACAAGAGUUCUCCCCGAACGGCUCAAUCUAAACCGAACCGAGGAAUCGAUCCCCGCAGUCAAUCUAAACUCAAACCAGCCAACCGGGAGCACACGGGCCGGGCGUUGCAGGCCGACGCCCCCCAUGGCAGCGGGGUUCAUCUUUGGCAGGAAGCCGUCCCCGUCCCGUCCCCCCCUCGUGAGAUCAAACCUGGCGAUCCUGUGCUGCCGGCAUGCGGAAAAAGAAACGUAACACAACAUGCGACAGACGUCCUCGUCGGGGUCUCUGUAACGCCUGGAGCGAUGGGGCGGGGGGGGGGGGGGGGACAGUAUACAAAAUAAAAAAUACUCUUUAAA